UUGGUCAAUCAUUAUGCCAGUGCAGUCACUGUGCAGGUGUCGGCGUCCAAAACACCGCCUCAUCGAAGGGUGUCUCUGCUUGAGCGAAUAGUGCGUAGCCAUCCUAUUUGGUAUCUACAACACCUUGGCCGUCCUGCAGCAACUCAUUUGUUGAAACAGAUGGAACCAGGUAAUUUUAUCGUUCGGUCAUCUUCGAAACCCGGUUGCAUGGCGAUAUCAGUAAGGUUGCCAAAUGAGCAUGAAGCUCUGACCGAUCACUACAUUGUGCAGUACGGGGCCAGAGGAAAUGUCAUUCGAUUAGAGAGUAGUCCGUACUCGUUCAGUUCGCUACCGCUGCUGAUCGAACACUACUGUCUUCAUCCAGAAGAACUCCAAAUCUGCUUGUGCCUUCCGUAUGCAGUUUUAGCUUGCCAGACGACGAAGGAACUUCAAUCUUUGGCUUUGUUGGGUCAAGGUAAAUGUGUUGUUGAGGUCUAA